AUGUUCCAAAGCUCUAUGUACUUAGUGUAGGCGGAGCUGUGCUCGCACGGUGCACACAGGCAGACACCUACAAACAGUACAUCAAUAAACAAGGUCCUCUGGAGACACUGGAAGAUGGGCUGUUAAGACUGAACAAAGCCAUCGUGGAUUAAUCCCCAGCGAAUUGACCGCAAAGCUUACCAUCAUCAUCAUCAUCAUAUAUACAUUCAGAAGCCUCUGUAUCUGCACCCUGAUUUAAAUGGACUGCAGCCUGGACCUGCUUUGAUGAGAGCUUGAUGUGAUCGGAACCAACUGGAUCCAGCACCAGAUCAAAUGAAAGCCCUAAUCUGAAUUAUUAUUAUCCCAGAUCAGGUCAUAAACUGGAUACAAAUUCGAACCCUCCAACCUUGCUGCACCCCAAACCUGGUCCAGCAAUCGAGGUAUUGUGCUGGGAUGGAACAGGAGGGGGUAAGAAGAACCCCUUGGAUUAAAUAAUUGGACACCGGCAUUUCAGAGGUUCUCCAUACUAAUUUUACAAAUCCUGAAAUGAUGCUAAACACUCCUUUCACCUGCUGAAAAAUACCCGGUUUUCACAGAAAAAUCCAGUCCCCCAAAAUCAUGGGCACUGUACUCUCCGUGUCCCCAAGCUAUCGCAAGGCAAGUCUGUUUGAUGGAGGGUCAAGUGUAGGCCACUAUACAGCCGUCCAAAACAGCAAGAAUGGGAAAUCUUUGAAGAGGCACUCCUUCAUCAAUGUCUUGCCUUGGAAGAGGCUUGUGGCUGUCUCUUCCAAGAAAAAGCAAUCAAAGAAAGCAUUACAAAACAGUGGUUACCAGAAUGACGUUGAACAUCUUAACAAUGAAAAUCUGAAGAAAUCUCUUUCCUGUGCCAAUCUCUCUUCUCAAGAUUCAAAAGACUCUCUUAUCAAGGAUGUUGUAUCUUCUAAAGCCAAGGAAGCUCAACCGCAGCAGGCUCGUGUGUCACCAAAAAGGGUGGUGGUCCAGGCUUCCACCAGCGAGUUGCUGAGAUGUUUGGGUGAAUUUCUUUGCCGUAGAUGUUAUAAGUUAAAGCAUCUCUCUACCACAGAGCCUGUUUUAUGGCUCCGAAGUGUGGACAGAUCCUUACUUCUUCAAGGGUGGCAGGACCAGGGAUUCAUAACACCUGCCAAUGUAGUAUUCCUGUACAUGCUUUGCCGAGAAGUAAUCUCAUCGGAGCUCACCACCGAGCAAGAGUUGCAGGCUGCUUUGUUGACCUGUGUGUAUCUCUCUUACUCCUACAUGGGCAAUGAGAUCUCUUAUCCCCUGAAGCCUUUUCUCGUUGAGAGCUCCAAGGAAGAAUUUUGGGACCGAUGUCUUUCUGUCAUUAAUAUGAUGAGCUCUAAAAUGCUCCGGAUCAAUGCUGACCCCCAAUAUUUCACCCAGAUUUUUGCUGACCUCAAGGCUGAAGGGGGCCACGAAGACAAGACCAGGCUUUUGAUUGGGCUGGACCGGUGAGCAAGAUAGAUAAACCAGAUGAAGAAGACUACACCGUAUAUUUUGCUGACUUCUGGAGAGAUUCCUAGUAUUGUUUGACUUUGAUUGUACGGAAGAUCCAGAGCAUCGUUUGCAAUUAAUGCAGGAAAUAAACUGCUCUGAUGUGUUCGUCUGGCCUUGAGUAGAGUUAUCACUGCAUCAAAAUUCUGAAUGCCAUGAGGUCAAACCGUAAAAUUGUCUGCUAGUAAGGCAGUCUUGGGGGUUGUUCACUAGAUACUCUGUCAUAAUGGCAGGGUAGGUGUCCACUUUAAAAUAUUGUCCUAGAAUUUCUUACAGGCAUGUUAAUGUAAGGAAUUCUGUAUUGAAGAGUAUCUGCAAUCAUGGCAAUCUUAAAAAAAUAAUAUAAGGUUACGUAAUUAAAUUCUCUGCAUAUUUAGCAUGGUCGAGGCCACACAAACAGGGGUUAUUAUUCACUAAAGUGUUAAUUGUCUGCAAUUUUUAAAGCAAAUUUCAAUUUGCAGUUUAGUGAACAGGCCUGUAAUUCUCUCUCUGCAGACUUCUUGUUAGGCAUGCAAAAUUCUGGAAGCCUCGUAAAAGUAAGAGUUAUUAAAAUUGUGACAUGAUUGCUGUUGCGAACGCAAUCCUGAUAUUUACAUUUCAUUUUUUGGCAAUUGAAAGUAUCUCCCACUAACACCCUAAAUCAGACCGUGAUAAACUGCCGGCUUGUAAUUGGCAACUGACUUGUUUAUAACGUUUUUUGUUUUUUUUAAUAACCGAUCUCAAAGUGUUAAUAUUCACAUUUACAGAAUACAGGAUACAUUUUUGGUUUCAUAUUGAAACAGAUUUACAUUGAACUAUUGUACAAUCGUGUCAUCAUGUCAUCUGGCAAGCCGCUAGACUUUGCCCUUUUCUUCUCAAACCUGUUUUUAGUAUAUUCACUCAGGCUUACAUUAAUGUGCUCUAAAUAGGUUUGUAGGAUACACUAUGUUUUGUUUUCCAGGACGUUAACAUUCAACACAGGACAGCAAUUGUCUUGUGCUCCCUGUCAGUAUUUUUAAGGGAUACGUGUCCUUCUAACCGUGGUAGAUCUGACAUCUCUACCUCUAAAUUAAUUGCAUAGACUCAUAAACCAACUCAGUUUGAUCCAAAAUAUUUUCAGAUAACUAAGGCUGUGCAGUAGUUGUUACGGAAGACUAUGGGUGUACCACCAGUGCAAGCAUACUUUGUAAUUGUGUUUGUGUUGACAAUGCGGUAAUAUAACUUUAAAUCCUAAAGUGGAACUGUCACUAGUGAGAUUUCUGCAUGCACAAGUCAAUAGCUAAAAAAGUUACCGGUAGUUAUAGUUUGUGUUUUUCAUUUUGUUGUUUUUUGUUUUUUUCCCCUUCUUUCCCAUGCCUGGCUGUCUGGUAUAGUUUGUAAAUGUAACCCCUUCAGUGCCAUGCUUAAGUGUGCCCAUGGCAUUAUGGGAUAGCUGAAGUCUCUCUAAAACACAGAAAUGCUGUAUAAGUAAAAA